AUGCCGGCCAUGGUGGAGAAGGGCCCCGAGGUCUCCGGGAAGCGGCGCGGCAGGAACAACGCGGCCAGCGCGGCCGCCGCCUCCGCCGCCGCCGCCUCGGCCGCCUCGGCCGCCGCGGCCGCCGCCGCCUCCGCCGCCGCCUCGGCCGCCGCCGCCCCCAAUAACGGGCAGAAUAAAAGUUUGGCGGCGGCGGCCGCGGCCAAUGGCAACAGCAGCAGCAACUCCUGGGAGGAGGGCAGCUCGGGCUCGUCCAGCGACGAGGAGCACGGCGGCGGCGGCAUGCGCGUCGGACCCCAGUACCAGGCGGCCGUGCCCGACUUCGACCCCGCCAAGCUAGCAAGGCGCAGUCAAGAACGAGACAAUCUUGGCAUGCUGGUCUGGUCACCGAAUCAGAACCUGUCAGAAGCGAAAUUGGACGAGUACAUCGCCAUCGCCAAGGAGAAGCACGGCUACAACAUGGAACAGGCUCUUGGAAUGCUAUUUUGGCAUAAGCAUAAUAUUGAAAAGUCAUUGGCUGAUUUGCCCAACUUUACCCCCUUCCCAGAUGAGUGGACUGUGGAAGAUAAAGUCUUAUUUGAGCAAGCCUUUAGUUUUCACGGGAAAACUUUUCAUAGAAUCCAACAAAUGCUUCCUGACAAGUCGAUCGCCAGCCUCGUCAAGUUCUACUAUUCUUGGAAGAAGACCAGGACCAAGACCAGCGUGAUGGACCGCCACGCUCGGAAGCAGAAGCGGGAGCGUGAGGAGAGUGAGGAUGAACUGGAAGAAACAAAUGGAAAUAACCCCAUUGACAUUGAGAUUGAUCAAAACAAGGAAAGCAAAAAGGAGGUGCCCCCCACUGAGACAGUUCCUCAGAUUAAAAAAGAAAAGCACAGCACACAAGCGAAGAAUAGAGCGAAAAGGAAGCCUCCGAGAGGGAUGUUCCUUUCUCAAGAAGAUGUGGAGGCCGUUUCUGCCAAUGCCACAGCGGCUACCACCGUGCUUCGACACCUGGACAUGGAGCUGGUUUCCAUCAAGCGCCAGAUUCAGAACAUUAAGCAGACAAACAGUGCUCUCAAAGAAAAACUUGAUGGUGGGAUAGAACCAUAUCGACUGCCAGAGGUCGCCCAGAAGUGUAACGCGCGCUGGACCACGGAGGAGCAGCUCCUCGCCGUACAAGCCAUCAGGAAAUAUGGCCGAGAUUUUCAGGCCAUCUCAGAUGUGAUUGGGAACAAGUCAGUAGUACAAGUGAAAAACUUUUUCGUGAACUAUCGACGCCGCUUCAACAUCGAUGAGGUCCUGCAAGAGUGGGAGGCGGAGCACGGGAAGGAGGCGGCCAACGGGCCCAGUAGCCAGAAGCCCGUGAAGUCCCCGGAUAACUCCAUCAAGGUGCCUGAAGAGGAGGACGAGGCUGCUUCUGUUCUUGACGUCAGAUACGCGUCCGCUUCAUGAGACGCUGGGGCUUGAGCACCAGUGUGGACGGCGGUGUCACCGGUGCCAGGCGUCACCAGGCGUCACCUUGACAACUGCACCGCACUCUGGACAAGCAGCUGUUACCAAAAAGGCGCAGGUCGCGUCCUGGCUGCGUCUGCCUUAGUCCUCGCUCGUUCCCCAUGUUGGCGCCACUUCCCAGGCGCCGGCAUCGCCGGGUUCCAAGCGCCUGCCUGCCUCCCGUUGCGGGGCCUCCAUGGCUUUCCAGAGCUCCUGGGCCCACCUCGGGCAGCUCCUCCUGGCCAAGCUUCCAAGCAGGCGCUCGGCCCAGCAGCGGCUCUGUCCCCGCAUGGCCUGCGACCUCCACUUCGUGCAUGACGUGCUUUCCAGAGUGACCGCGACCCUGCUGGCUCUCGGGAAGUUUCUCUUGCUCUCUCCUGAGGCGUCUGCUAGGUGACAUCAUGCUUCCUGGAAGCCCGACUCUGGCCAACUGCGUGCCAGCCUCUGUGCAAACGCCCGGAGCACCCCGUGGCCCCCGCACCGUCUCUGUGGCCCUCUGCCACCGGCUCGGCCCGCCCUCCCGCCUGCGUGGAACGCUCGUUCACAGCAGCUGUCCUCGACACGACGCUGCAGCUUCAAGGGACCGUGGACCUCGACACCUUCUGCCUUCACCUCUCAGCGCCGCCACCCGCCUGGGCGCACCCACCCUGUCCUGACUUCCCGCCGCCGCCCGACUCCAAGAUGCGGUCCACACCACGUACCUGGUGCUUGUACAUUGGAAUUGGUGCCUUCUCCUUUUGGCAGCCAUGUUACCAGUCCCUUUUCUGUUUUAGUGUCUUAUUUCUUUGAAGUUUAUCGCUUGCCAAAGAUGACGUCACUGGGCUGAGGAGGCGAGGGCCACCCUGAGGGUUCUGACCAUGGAUCAGCUCAACAAAGGGCCUCAGAGUAGCAGGGGAGGGCCGUACAGGAGCCGCAGGCUGUCCGCUCUGGGCGUGCUGACCUCGCCGUGUUGCUGGGAACCUCGUGUUCACCAACCCCCCCACGCCCGCAGUCCGCGCUGCUGCAGGACGGGCAGGGGCGCCGGCGGCUGGGGCCAUGGCGGAAAAGCAGCUGCAGAGUUGUGAGGCAGGCCGUCCGGCUCCUCUGGGAACAAGUGAAAUUUUCUAAUAAACUGGAAGCUUCCAGAAUUACUUCUCUUACCAGGUGGGGGGCUGCUGAGGGGGCACCACUAGGACCAGCGUGGUGGCUGAGGAGGCCCGGGGGCAGCCGCCUGGCCAGCCUGCAUUGGUACGUCGGCGUAGCUUUCGCGUGGUCGUUCUGUGCAUCAUCUAAACACCUUUCCGCUCUCAAUACCAAAAAGAAAAAACAAUGUAGAUGCUUUAAGGCACAAGCAGAAUUCUUAAGGAUUUAAAAUAUGCAAUUAAAAUCUACCGUGUCCUGACUCCCAAGCACCUUGCUCCUUUUUUUUAUAUUUUUGAGUCGGCUGAUCUCUAGGAAGGAAGGGCAGCUAGAAGCCUAGAAGGUUGGGAAUGGAUUUGGUUUUUUGCUUUUAGAAAUCUAGGCAAAGGUCAUUCAAUCAGGGCGUGAAAUGGGGCCUGCCCGGCGGGUCACCUCGUGCCUGCUGGGCAAAAAGGACGGGCCCAAGGGCGGCACACCUCCGUGCCCGACGGGUGGCGGAAGAACACUAGGAGCCACAUCAGGCUGGAUUUUGCUUUUGUCAGCAGCCGACCGUGUCGUUGGAAAUCGGCAGGGAAGACUUGGGGCGGAGCUGGCCUCUCCCAUCGUGUGAAGCGGACGCGAGGCAGUGCCCGAGCUUCGGUCCUCCCUGCUGUGUCUCGCGCCCUCCGGGUGGCUGGAGCUGGCGCCGAGGCGCCCCUCUCCGCAGCAGCCACGGGCGCCGGCAGCACAGCAUGUCGUGGAUGCAAGAAACCGCUUGGCUUUCAAAGCCGGGUGGCUCGUCUCCCCUCCGUGAAGACCCUCGUAACAUAUCAAGACUCGGGCGGCCGCCGGGCAGGCGCGGGGCACGGCCGCGGCUCGGGUGCGGUGCUCAUUUCCGCUUUGUCGUCUUCGGUCAUCAAUGUGAAUGUCGUGAUUAUAUAUAUAUUUUUGUGAAAAACUUCUCAUAAGUUAUUGUGCAAACUCUAGUACCCUUGAAGCAAAUGGUAGUUUAACUUUUAGUUUAGAGAUCCUGAGAGGCCUGAGUCGUAUCUGCAUAUGCAUUAAGAGUUGGUUUUAUUUAAUUCCGUGUAGCCGUGGGACGUGGUAGGGCCUCCCCGCGCGCUCGGCACCUUGUUACUUGAACGCCGCGCGCCGGGUGGGGCUUGCGUCUGCCAAGACCCCUCACGGCGGCGCGGUGUGGAUUCCAGCCCGUGAGACCCAUGGACGGUCGCGAACCUCCAAUCCAAAGGUGAAAACGGAACGGCCGGGGCCGGGAGCCGCGGUGAGUGCAGCGGGGCUUGUCCCCGCGACGGUCGCCGCCUCCCACCUCUCACUCCCAGUGCUCCUGUCCCUUUGAACCAGACUCCGCCCUGCUGCUGUCCCCGAUGGCUGGCGCCCCUUGGUAUGCCCCUACCAAAAACAAGCCACCCAGUGCAUUACACUAGCUGGCGCCCUGCUCAGGCCGCGGCCCAGGACAAGCUGUUCACGGCAGGUGGAAGCUGGUCUCCAGGAGACUGGAGUCCCGUGAGCCUCCGCAGAGCGCAGCGCCCUGCCCAGCCGCGCCCCCCAAGCACACCCGCAGCCCCGCCCCAGCCCGCGGCCUCUGCUGGGCGCGUGGGGCCGGCCUGGGCCCCCUGUGUCCACCGUGCAGACCUAUCAACUUUGCCAAGUGCUUUUUAGAUUGCUUAAGCAUUUUUCAAGAUUUUAAAAGAUGUAUAAGGUUAAGUUUGCAAAUAUAAUGGAAAUGCUGUAUAUCUUUUGAAGUGAUAAGGAAAUCCACGUUGGAAUUUUAAAGAAAACACGUUGUAAUAAUGCUGUUGUGUAUUUUACUGCCUCUUCCCGCCUGUUUUCUACUUCGCACAUUCGUUGUGACGCCCAUAGCAUUAGCGCUGCGCCGCCAUCGAAGACAUGUCAGUGGAGGUUGCAAAUUUAUUUGUGAAAUUCUGCAGAAUUCAUUUUUCUAUUUCCAAUAUUUGCUGAAGUUAAAUAAAAAAUUUCAAGCCAUUGAUGUAAUAAAACAUGAAACAGCA